UGAGCAUUUGUAUAUAAGCGGGGAGACCGGGUCACGUCUCAAUUUGAAAUAAACCCUUCGAAGUAAAUAGUACUCGGUACAUAUCAAAAUGUUCAAGAAAUUAUUCAUCAUCGUUUGUGUGGCGAUUCUGGUUGAAAAUAGCCUGCAAGAAUCUGCAGGAACGGGCGGCAACGCCGGUGCAGGUUUUAGUGCAGGCGCCAGUGCCAAUAUGGGAGCUAACGGUGGAGCAGGGUCUUCAGGCAACGCAAGUGGUGGCGCUGGUGCCAGUGGAGGUGCAGGGUUCAAUGCCGGCUUCGGAGCCAACGCAGGCGCAGGAGCUCAGGGACAGGGCAGUGGAAAGUGAACUAUACAGCAAAUUAUUUUUAUAACAUUACUUUUACGUAACAGCUUCAGGUUUUAUUAAACGCACUGUUUUUCUCGUUUA